GCAUCGGUGCGGCAACAUUGUAGUUGGUUGUUGACUGCUGUCACGUACGCUUUGCUCAGUGUUUUAUAUGAAGUUCCGCGUAAAAAUCACAAUUAACAAAUUACAAGUAUAAAAUUUAGCACGUUAUAGUCGUUCAGAGGUGAUUUUAACAGUGUGGCAAAAUGUCAUCAUCGAAAUCAAGUGUCGACGAUAUUCUUGGUGAGUCCUGGGUAGAUGUAACAGUGGGUUCGCAAGGAGGUGGCACCCCUGGCUCAAUAACUCAACAGUUAACUGUCGAAGACUACUUACGAUUACUAAAAGAAGCUCAAGAAUCCAACCAGUCGUCUGCGCGCGUCUCGUUGGCUGGAUCUAGAAGGGAUUCCCCUAGAAGUAGUCCCAAGUCACCUCCCAACAGCCCUGUACAGGGCACCCCGUUAAAUUUGGAAUGGCAGAGUUAUUAUAUGAAUUCAGAAGCCAAAGAGGAUUCUGAUUUUUUUAACGACUGGAGCAGUCGUCCAGAUCAGUUGCCGCCAAAGAAUUGGAGCUUCAGGGCUCCCAAAAGGGAUUUGUUGAGCAUUCGGUAUGCCAGAGUGGGCGAUAGUAGCGUGUUUUCCCGCAAGGGGCUCUGCACGUUGUUCUUGACGAAUUUGAUCUCGUUGAUUUUGGGCACAGGAGUGGGUUUGUGGCUGAGCAAACACGGUUUCUUCGUGCCGGCUAUCAAGGUCCGCUAAAUAAUCACACCGACUGUAUUUUCUUAUUUUUUAUUUUUCUAAAAUUAUUGGGGUACACUUGUAUACAAAUUGUGUUUGUCAAGUCUGGAUACAGGGUUUUUUUUAUUAAAAAAAGUGAUUUGGGUGGCUAAAAUUUAUUUGCCAAAUUAGUCAGAUUUUGCAGACGUAAUUUGUGUAUGUCUAUGUGAUUUUUUUAUUUAGAAAUGUCGGUAUAUGCCUAUGUAAUUAUUUUCUAUUGUGGCUGCCUUGUGACGACUGAGACUGGGGUUUUCUACUAUUUUGUAGGUAGUGGGAAUAUAAUGUACCACUCUAAAAAUGCUUAUUUUCUAUCUUUAUUAUCAAAUAAUUUAUAGUGUUUAAUAUAUAUAUUUUUUGGUUUAUUUAAUUUAACUUGCUUGGAAAAUGGGUACAAUGUCUCGAAAAUUCAAGUAUUAUUCAAGACCACCAUUUUGUAGUUUAAUAUAAAAUUAUUUAUUUAAUAUGUUGACCAAAUUUAGGUAAUUAUUUUAGUAGAGGGGGUUAUAUCAAAACCAUACAAUAGAGAAAAGGUGGAAUAUUUUUCUUUUUGAGAAAUUGUAUGUAUACAAAAUAGUUUGUUUGUACUGAUGGAAUAAAAUUAUGCCAUGUUAUGUUUGAUAAUUUUUAUCAGUUUUGUAGUUUAGAUUAAUGGUAAGUCCUAUAAAAUAUUCUUGAUUUGUGUUUUCAAUAUUCACAAAUAAAUUUUAUAAGUCUAGACGAAUUUUUUUUUCAAUCC